AUGCUUUCAAAGCUUCUCCUGGUCGCUCUUGCCGGGGCCUCUUCUGUCCUCGCAGAAGGCUUCAACGUAACCAUCGUCUACGUGGAGCCGCCUGGAGGAUGCACCACUGCCAACCAGUCCACCUGCGCCAACAACCCUCCAGACUCAGGGGCGCUCUCCGUCUCUGAGCCUCCCCAGCCCGGGCCCAUCACCACGCUCCCGCCGGCGACCCACUGGAGCACCUGCACCAGGUGCAUCAGCAAUCUCGUCCCCAGGGAGCCCGAGACGCCCUGUCCUCUGUACUAUGGAAACGCAGAUCCCUGCAAGGAGGGCUACUUUGGCACCCUGACCUACUUCUUCAAGGCCCCCGUCGUGGUGCUCGACCACUUUGCCCUGGCCACGGUCGAGUACGACACCGCCUCGGGCUCGCUCAGCGUCGGCUUCCAGAGCAGAGAGGCCUUUGCCAAGGCGUCGAGCUCAUGGGCCGCCGGCAUCGUCCUCGUGGCCAACGUGCCCAACUGCGGCUCCGCGACCGACAGGUGCUACUUUAGCAUCACCGGCCUCGAGGCGUCUGAUGCCAGCCUGACCAUCGUGGCCGCCGGCAAGGCUAGCGACCCCGAGAAGCUGAUCAACAAGGCCGAGGCUGAAUGGGGUUGGUGGGUUCCCCGGCCGGGAAGCCUGUUGUGUAGUUUGUCUGGCGGCGGUCAGGGGUCGGGCUCGAAUGGGCCUGGGGCAUCCCCUGGGCCUGGCUCUGGCAAUGGCAAUGGCAAUGGCAACAGCGCCAACAACGGCAACGGCAAUGGCACCUACACCAACGGCACCCAACAGAGCAGCUUCAGCGAGGACCGCACUCGCUGCGUCGCCCCCGUCGACACGGUCCACGGCCUGCCCACGGCCUGCUUCGGCCCCUACUUUGACGACGACCUCGACGACCAGAUGGGCUACAGCGACAUCGACACCCUGGGCGAGUUUGACAAUUUCAUCGACGAGCUGGCGCCCGGCGACGACAAUGCCAUCCAGCGCCGGUGGCUCAUCAAGAGCAUCUUCAACAAGAUCAUCCCCAAGCCCAUCCUCAACGUCGCCAAGGCCAUCAUCGCCCCGAUCCAGAAGCUCACCACCAUCUCGGGCUCCAUCAGCAAGGACCUGUCCUUCAAGAUCCCCGACUCGAGGAGCGACAAUCCCGACGCCAAGCGCCUCAAGGACCCCAGCCUCAAGCAGACCCAGUCCCCCUGGGGCGACGCCGUGCUGCUCAAGUCGUUUGGCAGCAGCCCCCAGUCCCUGGACGAGCCCACAGGGCAGGGCGCUGCCGGCUACCUCAACGUCUACUGCGUGGGCUGCGGCGUCGACGGCCGCGCCACUCUGACCGGGCGGGCCGCCUUCACCCCCGUCGGCGGCUUCACGCAGGGCGAGGUCGAGAUGCGCAUCGACCUCAACAUGGUCUUCAAGCUCGGCAUCGACGCCAAGAUUAAGUACCAAAAAGACUUUGAGAGCUCGCUGCUCGACGUCGGCCUGCCGGGCCUCUCGUACGGCAUCGUCACCAUCGGCCCGCGCGUCAGCCUCGGCUCACGCGUCUCCCUGCUGGCCGCCGCCGAGGGCAAGCUGCUCGCCGGUGCCGAGAUGGGCAUAACCAACGCCCUGGCCAAGCUCGACUUUGUGAACCCCUCCAGCUCAAAGACUGAGGGCUGGGAGCCUUACUUCAAGCCCGUGUUCGAGGCCGAGGGCCAGAUCAUGUUGGCGGCCGAGCUGGGCCUGCCUGUCAGCGUCAAGUGCGGGCUCAAGAUUGGCGGCUUCGACAAGAGCGUCGGCCUCACGGACGAGCCGUCCAUCAAGGCCACGGCCCAGGCGGCCGCCAGCAUCGGUCAGGCCAGUGGCGGUGGCUUCAGCGCAGGCUUCGCCUCUACCGAUGGCUGCACCGGCAUUGCCACGCAGAUCAGCUGGCGGAACAGGAUCUAUGUGGAUCUCCUGGGCUCCAAGAAGGAUCUGUUUGACACCAAGGACAAGGUUCUCAAGCGGGGCUGUAUUGCCCUUCCCGGCAGGGAGAACCCCCCGUCGUCAUCCUCAACCGCCACUCCCAGCGGCAUCCCGGCAACUACCAACGUCGACGGAGACACCCCAGGCACCACCCAAACCGCCAUCCCAACCAGCACCGAUGAAGACGAGGGCACCCCAUUGACCACUGCAUCCUCAUCCACCCCAUCUACCGACGAGCAAGACGACCAAGACCCCACUCCCGAAGCCAGUGAAGACAGCCAAGACCCCAGCCCCCUACGCCUGGCCAAGCGCCAAACCACCACUCCCCCAGCCGCCGCGAUCCAAGACCUGACCAGCCAGGUCAAGGGCGGCAGCACCGAGCUCUCCUACACUAGCACGCCCAUCCCCGCGAGCCCCUACAACCGCACCGACGGCUUCGAGCUGUCCCUCAUGGUCGACCCGGGCGCCGAGACGGCCCUCGUGGCCUGCGGCGACGGCAACGUCUACCUGGCGGGCGUGGACUCGCUCGCCGACAUGACCUUUUGCACAGAGCUGUUUGAGAACUACCGGGACCUGCUCGUCGGCGACGGCUCCGGCCGCAUCCUGCACUACUACAACAACACCAUGGGCCGUGUCGGCGCGAGCCGCCUGCGCGUGUCGGACGGCUUCGAGCUUCCCGCCCUGGCCGUGCCCGUCGUCAUGGUGGCAUUUGAGGGCGAGUACGAGGGCGGUGGUGGGACUGGGACUGUAGACAGCGACAGCAGCAACAACAACUCGACCGCGACUGUUGGACGUCGCCAGGAGCAGCAAGACCAAGCCGGCGACGACGGCUUCCGCUUCUACGCCGUCGACCCGGCCAUGGAGCUGUCGUACCCCGCCGUGUGCACCUAUGCCGACGGCAGCAUGCCGCGCCUGUUUUUGGUCCGCGACCCCGUCGACGGCCUUGCCGUCCUGGCCACCGCCGCCGUCGAGCACUCCAUCACCGGCGGCAAGGUCCAGGACUGCUUCCUCAUGCCCGUCGUCGAGGGCAAGUACGACGAGGACAAGGGUGGAUAUGCCGGUUAUGGAAAGACCAACGAGACCAGCUUUGAGUACGAUGCUUGA